CAAGCUCCACCUCCCGCUCCAAUGGCGGCAGCCACUCUCCCACCCUCCCACCACCGCCUCCACCUCCACCUCCACCUCCACACCCCCAAACCCUCCCCACCUCGCCGCCUCCGCCUCGCCGCCGCCGCCGCCGCGUCGCGCCUCCAGAACCCGACAACCACCCACUACCCGAACCUCCCGCCGCCCGCGCCGCCGCCCUCCACCUCCCUCGUCGCCGCCGAGGAGGCCUCCCUCGCGCCGCGCCGCACCUACCGCUUCCCCGGCUCCGUCCCCUCCUCCCCCACGCUCCCGGACACUGCGGACGGCGGUCUCGCCGCGGCGGCCGCGGUGGCGGACGACGCCGUCCUGCGGCGCGCGCUCGAGGUGCGGCGCGCGGUGGCCGGGGAGGUGCUUGUGGCGGCGCUCCGAGGCGGGAAGGUGGGCGGGCUGACCUACAUCAGGAACCUCACCUCCCGGAUGGCGCCGUUCGUGGACCGCGUCGUCGUCGAGGCCGCCGCCAUGCGGCGCGACCGCCCCGAGCUCGCGCACCAGUCGUUCAACGCGCGGGCGCGCGUGUACAUCGAGGAGUCCGGCCUCGUCGCCCUAGUCAAGUGGUUCAAGCACAACUCCAUGACUUAUCCCCAAAUCGCCAAAGUAGUUUGCUCAUCCUCUGGCAAUCUGGAGAAAGUGAGAAGGAUGAUAAAGUGGUUAAGGUCCAUUCAUGUGAAAGGAGAAUAUCUAGGACGCGUGCUUGCAAAAGGUGAUACUUUUUUGAGCCGCAGUUUUGAAGAACUGGAAGAGAUUAUUUACUACAUGGAAAGCUGCGGUGUUAGAAAAGAUUGGAUUGGUCAUGUGGUUGGUAGGUGUCCACAGUUACUGAAUCUGUCCAUGGAUGAACUGGAGACUCGUGUGAGAUUUUAUACAGAUAUGGGCAUGAAUGAUAAUGAUUUUGGCACCAUGGUUUAUGAUUAUCCAAAAGCUCUUGGAUUUUUCAGCCUAGAAGAGAUGAACAGUAAGGUACAAUAUCUGAAAGAAUUUGGACUGAGCACUGAUGAACUUGGAAAGUUGAUGGCUUUCAAGCCACAGCUCAUGGCCUGCAGCAUUGAAGAAAGGUGGAAGCCUCUUGUGAAGUACCUGUAUCAUCUAAACAUUUCACGGGAUGGCAUGAAGCGUAUGUUGGUGGUUCAGCCUACGAUCUUCUGUCUUGAUUUGGAAACAGUAAUUGCACCAAAGGUACAAUUUCUACAGGAUAUUGGUGUGAGGAGUGAUGCCGUUGGAGGUGUGCUGGUGAAGUUUCCGCCUGUACUAACUUAUAGCCUAUACAAGAAAAUACGCCCAGUGGUAAUAUUCCUGAUGACGAAAGCCGCAGUAAAACAGGAGGACAUCGGCAAGGUCAUUGCCCUGGAUCCACAGCUCCUGGGCUGUAGCAUUGUGCGCAAGCUGGAAGUCAGCGUCAAGUACUUGAGAUCGCUGGGCAUCUACCACUUCGUGCUUGGUCAGAUGGUCACCGAUUUCCCAACGCUUCUCAGGUACAACGUGGAUGUUCUAAGGCCAAAAUACCAGUACCUGCGGCGCGUCAUGGUGCGACCGCUGAUUGAUCUCGUCGAGUUCCCCCGGUUUUUCAGCUACUCUUUGGAGGACAGGAUAGUGCCAAGGCACCAAACAUUGGUGGAGAACAGGAUCAACAUGAAGCUGAGAUACAUGCUAACUGGAUCUGACGAAGAUUUUUCACAAAGGGUACGAGAAGCUGUUGAGAGGAGAGCCAGAUUUGAAGCUGGAAAUGUUGAGGCAUCAGAUUCGCAGGCGACUACCGACGGAGCAGAAGCCACAGCACCAGCAUCUCAAGACGGCUGGGAGGCAGAUACAUAGAUAGAGCAGGCAGGGCAAAAUUGUAAUCUCACAUUGUGAUGUAAAGAAAAAUAGAAAGAAAAAACGCUUUGCUUCCAUGCCAUUGAUAAGCACAGCACAGGGGACCGUGAGUCCAUGACCACAUUGUACUUGCAUGAGGCGAAGAUCAUUGGCAAGCAGUACAAAAUUUCAUUUAUA